AUGUCGAGUUCUCGCUGCCUGGCAGCCUCCUCUCUCCAGACGAAGAACAAGUCCCAGUCGGAUGUGUCCAUGGUUCAUCCAGUCAAAGUUGACAGAGAUGGACAGUUUCUCUCCCACUCUCUAGCACACGGCUUUGAGCGCGUGCGGCACAAGCGAGACUUGGGGCCUUUGGAGGGACGCGUUUAUUAUAAGGUGACCUACAAAGGUCGCAAUUUGGUUUUUAAUCUAACAGUCAACAACUAUUUGGUGUCGAACAAAUAUGUUCUGGAGCGGCGAAACGGCAGUCUGAACCGGACUGAGCACCGUACCACAGGGGAGAACGCGUGCCACCUGAUCGGCACCGUGACGGAUCCUACUAAUGCGCGCGGGACAGCCGCCAUCAGCACUUGUGAAGGCUUGAAAGGUCUCUUUACCUUGCCUGAAGGACCCCACUUCAUUCAGCCAGUCCAGGGGUCCACUGAUGGGGCUGUCGAAAGAGAGGGACCAGAGCCCCAUGUGGUCUAUCCCAGCGUAACCACGGCACCACACAGAUACCGACGCAGCUCUGAGGCCCGGGACACACACAGCCCCUGUGGGGUCAGAGACGCACCAGGUGAUUCCCUAGUGGUGGAGAGGGAAAGAGAGGACUGGGAGAGGGAACAGCAGGAGGAAGAGAGGGAGAGGGAGGAGGAGACGGCUCAACAUCGCUCCCAACGCUCCGUCAGCAGAGAUAGGUGGGUAGAGACCAUGGUGGUGGCAGACACUAAACUGAUCGACUACCACGGCAGUGACAACGUUGAGUCUUACAUCUUCACCAUCAUGAACAUGGUGGCAGGGAUAUUCCAUGAUGCCAGUAUAGGAAAUGCCAUCCACAUCACCUUGGUCCGCCUGAUCCUCCUGCAGGGCGAGGAGAAAGGGCUGAAGAUCAUCCACCAUGCAGACACUUCUCUGGCCAGUUUCUGUGCCUGGCAGAAGAAACUCAACCCUCUAAGUGACACACACCCUGCUCACCACGACGUGGCAGUGCUGGUCACCAGGAAGGACAUCUGUGCAGGGCUCAACGAGCCGUGUGAGACCCUUGGUCUGUCCCAUCUGUCAGGGAUGUGCCAGCCUCACCGUAGCUGCAACAUCAACGAAGACUCAGGACUACCUGUAGCCUUCACCAUCGCACACGAGCUAGGACACAGCUUUGGGAUCCACCAUGAUGGUCAGGGAAAUGACUGUGAGCUGGACGGCAGACAACCCUUCAUCAUGUCCAGACAGCUGAUGUACGACACCUCCCCACUUACCUGGUCCUCCUGCUCCAAAGACUACAUCACACGCUUCCUAGAUCGUGGUUGGGGCUUCUGUCUGGACGACCGUCCCUCAAAGAGGGGUAUGACCACCCCACUGGCCCGUCUGGGGGUCCGCUACACCACACAGCACCAGUGUCAACUACAGUACGGCCCCAAUGCCACCUACUGCCACGAAAUCAACAAUGUGUGCCAGAUCCUGUGGUGUUCAGUGAAUGGGUCCUGUCGUUCUAAACUGGACUCCCCCAUAGAUGGCACUAGCUGUGGCCCUGAGAAGUGGUGUAUCUCAGGGGAGUGUGUUAUCGUAGGGAAGCUACCGGAGACAGUGAAUGGGAACUGGGGACAGUGGAGUAGCUGGUCUCACUGUUCCAGGACAUGUGGGGCCGGGGUGCAGUCUGCUCACAGGGAGUGUAACCACCCCAAACCAGAGUUUGGUGGGAAGUACUGUACAGGCGAGAGGAGGCGUUACCAUAUCUGUAACACCAAACCAUGCCAAAACGCCAAACCCACCUUCAGAGAAAUGCUGUGUAGUGAAUUUGACACAGUGCCCUACCAGAACGAACUCUACGAGUGGGUCCCUGUGGCCAGCCUAUCGAGUCCGUGUGAGCUGCAUUGUCGUCCUGUGGAUGAGCAUUUCUCUGAGAAGAUGCUGGAUGCUGUGACAGAUGGAACUCCCUGCUUCAUGAACAACAACUCCAGAAGCCUCUGUGUCAACGGAGUGUGCAAGGAGGUGGGCUGUGACUAUGGUAUAGACUCUAACGCUGUAGAGGAUCGUUGUGGAGUGUGUCUGGGCGAUGGUUCCUCCUGUGAGACUGUCCAGAUGACCUUUGAUGGGGGGGAUGGCUUCGGCUACGUGGACGUGGGAGUGAUCCCAGAGGGGGCACGUGACAUUGUGGUCCAGGAAAUGGAGGAGGCAGGGAACUUUCUGGCUCUGCGGGGUCAGGGGUCAGAGGAGUAUUUCCUGAAUGGCGAGUACAUCAUCCAAUGGAAUGGAGAGUACAAGGCAGGCGGAACCACCUUCUACUACGAGCGCAGCGGGAACCUGGAGAACCUUACCUCCCCUGGACCCACCAAACAACCGGUCAUGAUCCAGUUGCUGUACCAGGAAAAGAAUCCAGGUAUAAAGUAUGAGUACACCAUCAAGAGGAACCGCCAGACAGGAAAUGAGGUCAUCAAGUCGGAGUACAGGUGGAGGCAUGGGGCCUGGACAGACUGUAGCACCACCUGUGGGCUAGGUGAGCAGCAGCAGCCUGUCAGGUGUUUUGAGUUGGAGGUGGGCGUGGUCGAUGAGGCUCUUUGUGACCCAGAGAGCCGCCCAGAGGACCGACAUCGCAAGUGCAAGAACAUGGACUGCCCCGCCAGGUGGUGGGUGGGGCGCUGGCAGCUGUGCUCUGCCACCUGUGGUUCGGGAGGGGUGAGGAAGCGCACAGUGCUGUGUGUGCGCACGGUGGCCGGGGAGGAGAGGGUGCUCCACUCUGGGGACUGUAAACAGCUGCUCAAACCCAAACCUGUGGUUCCCUGCAACAGAGACCAGCUCUGUGGACCCGACUGGGCUGCGGGCAACUGGAGCAUGUGCCCAGUGACAUGUGGUGGUAGUGUGCGCACCCGGACGGUCACUUGCCUGACCGCACCCCCAAAAAAGUGUGACAUCAAAACCAUGCCUCGCUCCAAGUCGCUGUGUGCCCUGCAGAGCUGCCCAAGCGCAGGCCUCCGACGGCGCCCGGGACCACCCCCUAAAUACCGGCGUGUCUACCUGCCCAAGAGACCCCCAACCAGGCAGCCAGUUACGCACACCCGGGGCCCCAAAAGCACCAGCACCACCGCUACACCCGGAACCAGCACUGUUACAGUGACUGAGAGAACUGCAACCCCCAUCACCACCUCUACCACCAAGCCCCUCCAACGGUCCUCCACAGCCACUGAUAUCAUUGACGUCGAUAACCAUGUGGUGAAGAAUGGGCAUGUGGAGGACAAGGACCGGGCGUUUAUUACGACCAGUACUACUGAAACAGAGAACGGGGAGAGGGACAUGAGAGAGAAAGAAGAGGAGGAUGAGGAAAAGGAGGAGGGGAGUGCAGCUGAUUUUGUGUUUCCAGAUUUGGGGGUUACGUACACCCCGGGGUAUGACUAUGUGGUGGAGGAUGUGACUACAGAGGAGGAGGGGCUUACAGAUCUGGACAUUUUUACCACGGAAUCCUCUCUCAGGACCCCCAUCCAAUCACCGCCCACCGUGACCACCACCAGGUUACACCCUACAUCCACACCACACACAAGCGUCCCAACAACAUCACGUACAACCCAACACACAACCAGAGUACCCCUCACUACCUCCCCCUCAACCCCACAAACCAGCACUGCGCACUGGGCUAUGAACACCAGCCGCUACACCCUCACUCCCCCCAACACCACCCCUUCUAUCAACCCUUUCACCAAACGGACAACCAGGGUGCCCCACACCACCCCUAUACCCCGGGCACACACAGCGGGGAUGAGGAGUACACUUAUAGCCCCUUACCACACUACACAAGGACUGUAUCCCAUUACAGAAGGCAUUUCCCACACUAGCGAUGCCCCGUACGUCAGCAGCCCAACCCCAGAGGCCCCCGGCCCCACUGUGAGGAUCAUUAAAGGGAAGAAGCCCAUUGAGACCCCCAAGAGUGGCAGCGCUGCUCCCCGUUCUAUAAAGCCAGGCCCACAUUCUAAAGGGCCUGCCUCGGGUUCUAAAAGCCCCUCCCCUCAUUCAAAAGGCAAAGGUCAGGAGCAGAGACCAGGGAGUACUGUAGUGACCUUCGCCAGUGAUUAUGGUUACCUGAACGCCCAAGAGCCAAUCAGCAUGGAGGUGUUCUGGUUGGUGGGUAAUUGGAGCGAGUGCUCAACGUCGUGUGGCCUGGGGGCAGUGUGGAGGCCAGUGCUGUGUAGCUCACAGCAGGAAUCGGACUGUGCCAACCUGAAGAGACCAGAACCAGCUCGCACCUGCCACCUGCGCCCCUGUGUCACCUGGCUGAGUGGCAACUGGAGCAAGUGUCCGAAGGGGUGUGAGGUGGUGGGGAGGAGGCAGCGUGAGGUGCAGUGUGUGGACGAGCAGAAGGGACGUCCACUGAGACCGUUCCACUGCCAAGUCCUGUCCUCCAGGCCGCCCAGCACCCUGUCCUGUCGUCCCCAACCCUGCCAGCCCUGGAGAACCUCCCCCUGGGGACAGUGUUCUCGUAGCUGUAGUGGUGGAUUGAGGGAGCGGCUGGUAUACUGCCCUGAGCCGCAGCGCUGUAGCGCCACCCAGAGGCCAAACGACACAGAGACCUGCAACCUGCAGCCCUGCAGCUACUGGGACCCACAGGACUGGGAGGAGUGCUCUGUGAGUUGUGGCGAGGGGUUGCAGCAUCGUGUGGUGCGCUGUGUUGUUGAGGACUCCGACUCUGUGGAGAACAGUCUGUGUGAGCAGAGCAGCAGGCCUGACACACUCAGGAAAUGCCACAUGCAGGAGUGUCAGACUAACACUGGUCCGCUGUGUAGGAAGAAUAGCAUGUCGUCUCGGUUCUGUGACAAGCUGAAGCUGCUGGGCCGAUGCUCCCUCAGGUCCAUCCAGAAACAGUGCUGUAUCACCUGUAGAGGAGCUCUUGGGGGUACUGUGGCUCUGGACAGUUGUUUCCCUUAA